GGGAAUUAAUUUUACUGAAAAAUUACAAUGUGCAGGAAAAAUAGAACUAAUAAUUUGUGACAAAUGUAUGUGGGUGUUUCAGGAGGCUGUAGAAUAAUUUUUUUAAUUGUUAAUUGUAAUUACUGACUUUAUGUCAAAUUGCUACUUAAUUCUGGUACAGAAACUGCUAAAUUUACAUAAUAACUAUUGUAAGAAGCAUCUAUUUUCUGUGCCUUUUCAGUGAGCUUUAGAUCCUGAAUUAACAUAUCUGAUCGAAGAGAGCUGAACUUUGUCUAGUCUGAAGUCAUUUACUGGAAUAAUAAUCUCUGGAUUCCAGCACAAUAUUUAGCAUAAGGCAGCAAUAUGUAAGAGGUGGGGGUACAAUUUGCAUAAACUUGGAGCAAUUCAUGAUUAACGCAGCAGAUAAAAUAAAACUUAAUAACUGAGCUACUGUUGGACUCCAUCACCACUUCAAUUUCCUAUUACAUUUCUACCCACCUUGAAAGGUCUUUUGGUGAUGAACAUGUAAGGAACAAUUACUUAGGAUAAAAAAACUUCCUCUUGAACAAAUCCUAAAUUACUUAGCCCCUUAGGAUGAACUGUUGUUUGCAUUUAUUUAUCUUUUGGUGCCAGGCAGCAGGAUGUUUCCCUGUUGUGUAGAGUAUGCACGCACUUACUGAAGAAUGAGCCUGUGCUGUCCCUGCUAUAAAGGGGUCAGAAUUAAAGAAGAAAAAGAGGUGGUUUAGACAUGUCACUGGUAUAUAAUUUUUGACUCUUGAGUUUUGUUUUCUACUGUGCCAUGAGGAUGAUGGAAACCGCAGAGAGAAAGAAGUAGAGUUUGCAUAAUGUGUCCAUAGUUUAGUCUGUUUCCUGUGCAAGCUGAGUUUUGCACUUCAGUUUUGGGGUAACUUGGCUACUCAACUUUAUAACUUCCCCACCACCACCACCACCCUGGAACUUUUGACAGUUGAUAAUGACCAAGUCUCUGGAGUACUUAGUUGUCACAGUGGGUAGUGGUGGGUAUGAAUGUUGAAAUGCAUUGUUGGAGAAAGCAACCUAUUUGGUGUGAUCGUGUAUGUUGUCAGGAAGUUAUACCUCAUGUUUGGUGUAAAAUAAUUAACAUAAUCCUUGUUAUGUAGGAUAUAUGCUUCAUACAGGUGACUGUGCUAUGAAAAGGCAGGCAAGAAGGAAGAAGGUUCUAGUAAUGUGAAAAUCAUGAUGGACUUGUAGCGGUGUAGUUAGCAAAAAGCAGUUUGCACAUAUAUAUAUAUUUUAAGGUAUAGUUGUCAAGAAGAGACUGUAGGCACUGACUGGGGGAUUUUUUUGCCAGGGUGUGUGUGUGUGUGCUGAAAUUUGUGACUGACUACUGAAAUGUUCAGCUGCUUAGUCUAGAUAUUGCUAAAGAAUAAACAGGACACAGCAGCCGGGGAGAGAGCAGACGUAAAAUGUUACUGUCCUUACAGCAGUCCUGUGAAAUUUGGUUAUAGAAAACUCUUGAAAGAUUGAACAUGAUGCAGACAUAGUUGGGAAUGUGAAGCCAAGUGGAAAUUCUUCAUAUAGUGUAUAAUUGGCUGCAAAACAUGUGAAUAUGAUUGCCCUAUUCUAAUCAGUAGAGAAUAUAAAACAAAAUCCAAGAUGGUAUCAGUUCUCUCAAGGCUGUAAUAUAUUCCUGAUCUAGCAAGUUUCCAAAAAUUUGGCUUUAUACAAUACAGGAUGCACAGAAUAUAACACUUCAAUCUAUGAACAUUUGCUUUCCCUUACGUGACACGUUAAGUACAGCAAGUUCUGUAUGCUUCCCUAAGAAUUUUAAGAAAUAGUGAUUGCAGCAAUGAUUCAUUAAAUAGUAGAACUGAGGAACAAACCAUCUACAGUUACACAACGUACAGUUAUAAAGUAGAUAAAAUAUAGUUAAAUGGAAAAUAUAGGAUUGGGAAGUGGAAAAAUUUGCAGCUAGUUGCUGAUUUAAUAUUCUGAACUUAAACUCAUAUUAGUCAGCAGCUUAUAGCUUCUAAUGCAGUAUUACCUAAGUUAGCUCGUUGUUUAGUUUUCACUUGUAUUUAGUCUGGUUUUAAGAAUUACUUCUUUUGCAGCGAGCUUGAGUUGGUUCUUUAAUAUGGUGCUGGAAAGCUAUCGCUACAGAUACAGCUUAUGGGAAACUUGAUGUAGACAAAGAAUGGAAGUCUCUUUUUUUUUUUUUUUUUUUUUUUUCCUCUCCAGAGCUAGAACCCAGAGCCAAAAAAUUACAGCCAGAAUACCAUCUUCAUCAAUUGAUCAGCUGCAUUUGACAGAGCAUUCAGUUACAAAUAGUGCUUUUAGGCAUUUGGUGCACCAUAAGCAGCUUGUGUCAGGAGAAGCAAAUGAAACUCAGAUUUCUGAGGCACUAAAGCGUUACAGUGAACGGGCCUUCUUUGUGAGAGAAGCUCUCUUUCAUUUAUUCAGCCUGACUCAUGUAAUGGAAAAAACAAAGCCUGAAAUUUUAAAGCUUGUGGUUAUUGGAAUGAGAAAUCACCCCCUGAACUUGCCUGUGCAGUUAGCAGCGAGUGCGUGUGUCUUUAACCUAACCAAGCAAGAUUUAGCGGCAGGCAUGCCUGUGCGACUUCUGGCUGAUGUCACUCACUUGCUUCUGAAGGCCAUGGAACACUUCCCAAAUCAUCAACAGCUGCAAAAGAAUUGCCUUCUUUCACUAUGCAGUGACAGAAUCCUUCAGGAUGUUCCAUUUAACAGGUUUGAAGCAGCCAAACUUGUUAUGCAGUGGCUGUGUAAUCAUGAAGAUCAAAACAUGCAAAGGAUGGCUGUAGCCAUAAUUUCCAUUCUUGCUGCAAAGCUUUCAACAGAGCAAACAGCUCAACUUGGUGCAGAACUCUUCAUUGUUAGGCAACUUCUACAAAUAGUUAAACAGAAAACAAAUCAGAAUCUUGUAGAUACUACUCUCAAGUUCACACUGAGUGCACUUUGGAACCUCACUGAUGAAUCACCAACAACAUGUCGGCAUUUCAUUGAAAAUCAAGGGCUAGAACUUUUCAUGAGAGUCUUGGAGUCUUUUCCAUCUGAAUCAUCCAUCCAACAGAAAGUUCUUGGACUUCUGAAUAAUAUAGCUGAAGUUAAAGAGCUCCAUUCUGAAUUAAUGUGGAAGGACUUCAUAGACCACAUCAGUAAAUUAUUGCACAGUGUGGAGGUGGAAGUUAGCUACUUUGCAGCAGGGAUUAUUGCUCAUUUGAUAUCUCGAGGAGAGCAGGCCUGGACACUCAGUCGGAGCCAGAGGACAUCUCUGCUUGAACAGCUGCAUUCUGCCAUUUUGAAUUGGCCAACCCCAGAAUGUGAGAUGGUGGCUUACAGGUCUUUCAAUCCGUUUUUUCCACUACUUGGCUGUUUUAUGACACCUGGUGUCCAGUUAUGGGCAGUGUGGGCCAUGCAGCACGUCUGCAGCAAAAACCCUGUCAGAUACUGCAGCAUGUUAAUUGAAGAAGGUGGUUUACAGCACUUGUACAACAUCAAGGAAAACGUCCAGACUGAUCCACAUGUCCAAAGGAUUGCUAUUGCCAUCCUAGAUAGUUUGGAAAAACACAUUAUGCGUCAUGGGAGACCACUGCCAAGUAGAAAACAGCAACAAACCAAACCAAACUGAAAGCUGCGGGCAUAGGCGUGUAGAGUAUUGUCUCUGUAAUAAUCCUUUCUGAUGUGUGUGUAGUUGGAGUAACUUGUAAUAUAGUGGUCACCAUUAAAGUGAUUUGCCGAUUAUUGUGGUACCCAGCACCAUGUACGGUAACCUUUGGUGAAUGUCAACUUUAAUGGCAACCGCAUAUGCAACUUGUAAAGGGUCACGGCUUGAGCUGGUCAUGCCUGUAGGGCUACGGCUGGCUGUGCAGAGAUGGGACUUGUACAGACCAAUAUGCACAUCUGGAGAAAAAAAAAAAAAGACUUCUAGGAAUAUCUUGUUUUGUGACUUCUGGGAGAGAAAGUGAUUUCAUCCCUACGAUUGCGGUUCAUAACGCUGUUUACUGGUUUGGUGUUUGAAUAGAACUGUGUGUGGUUGUGAGAUUCAGCACUUUUACAGAUUAAAACAAAAGUACGUGCAUGCAGGUUACCAUGAGACUUGUAACUAAGGCGACCAAAAUGUCCGUUGUCUCAUAACCCUUCUAAACACAAAGGGGGUCUUCAACUUUACUUUUCUGCCUGCCUGCAAGUCGUGUUCUUUUGUUUUCCUUACUGCUAGCGCAAUGCCUUUUUGCAGUUCAGCUCUCUUGAGUCCUCCCCACUCUUGGUGAGGUGAGGACUGCCAUUGCAUCAGGGAAAGGGGAACCUGCUAAAGUAAAGCAAUAGAAACAGGAUUAAAAUGAGAUACAAUACUAAAAGGAUGAACUAAGCUUGAGAUUUUAAACUUGGUAACGAGAAAGGGAGUUGUGGUGUUUGACUGCUUUUGGUUGUGUGGGCUAUCUUUUGUUUUUAGAAUACUGAUAGGGAAAGGAGAAGGCUCAUUAGUGCAAAUUACUGACUUACCUUCAUCAUGCAGUGGAUUGUGUGUCUUUGAUAGGAGGCCCAGGAUAUUUGGUCACCUUAUUUAUAAGAGAAUAACGAUUGCUCUGUUUGUUUUCUGUAAAUAUUCUGUCAGUAUUGUGCAGUGAAUUAUAUUUCCAGGUCAUCACAGUGCAAAAUACCACCCAGUGUUCUAUGUAAGCCCUGUGUCAAUUGCAUUGUUUUGUGGAGUGUGAAAUUUUACAUAAAGAUGCUAAUUGUAACAACUUCUUUCUUGGUUACCUGUGGGUUUCAAAUGGUGUUGAAUGAAACAUGUUGCACAGCAUACAGAUGCCUCAUAAAAUACAAGUGAUGGAAGCAAACUGCAUGUCCAUUCAAAUUGUUUAAUUUUGAGUUGUUUUUGUUUAUCUGGUUAGUCUCCGUAUUUCCAUGGCAACUGAGUGGUAUUCAGAAAUUCUUCUGUAAAUAUAUUCUUAAUUAAGUUUAAAAAGAAAACUUAGGGUUGGUAGCUUACUAGCAGGGAUGGUUUCUUCAUGAUGACCAUAUUUUACUAUUUUUAACUCCUUCUCCCAACUCCCAUCCUUCAAAUAAAAAACAUCACCUCUAAUCUUCAAUAAUCUAGUUAUUGUGUAUUUCAGGAACUUCAAAAGGUACCGAUCCAGUUAUUUAAUCAAUGUUGUGUAAUGACUUUUUGUACAAAGGUAUAAUUUGGCUAGCAUUUUCCUGUGUAUCUGGUUACAUGCAGUUUUCUUGAUUCAGAAAGAAAGAAAAUUGGUUUUAGCUUUGCAUUAUGAAGGUUGGCUUGAAAAAUGGCCUGCAAGCCUUUAUCUGUCACCCUUCUGAGAUGUUGGCUAUGGAACUCCAACAUAAAAUGGAACACAAAACUUGUCAAAAUUGGUGUUAACAGAAUUAAUAUAAAUCAAUUGCUUAAUUUUUAAAAUAAAGAUGAAAACUCU